AUGCAGCCGGCUUUACCUUUACGGUCACCCGUCCCGUCCCGCAGUCUGCUUCGCUUCCUGAAAUCCCAAUCCGAUGCCGCUUUCUUGGCCCACGGCAGCGCGAAUGCCUCUUUAGCCACCGGCGCGCGAGCCUGUAGACGAGGUCGUAUAUCAGGCAGCUUGAAUGUCGGGGGCUCCAGAUCACUCAACAUCUUAAGUUGCCAACGCCGUGCGGUUACUGGCCUCUCGCCGGGAGCUAACCCCGUCCGACGUGGACUGGGACUGCCAGCAAAGUCGACCAAGCUUGGAUUUUGCACCACAGCCACUGGGCGUAAGCUAUUCGAAUCGAAGCCAGGCAACGAACCUACAUGGCAGGAGAGGCUUUGGGGAACGAGUGCCAAGAAGGGGGCUAAACUACUGAAGCCAGACGACCUGCCAGGAGGUCAUGACGAGUAUGAACACGGCUCGUCCAUGUUUACCAGUCGCCGGGCUCUGGCAGCCAAAGCCGCUUUAGAGCCCCGGCUGCGAUGCACAGAAGUGGAUGAAAAUGGCAAGGUUAUUCUAGUGGACGGGGAGUUUAAAAAGACGGAGCUGAUUGCAAAGUUUGGACUUAACCCUCGAGAUCUACGGAAAAUCGACUCGUCCAACUUACCGCACAUUCUUAUCCGCCCCUCUGCGAUUCUCCUCAACCUGCUGCACUUAAAGGUGCUGAUCAAGCACGACCGCGUUCUGCUCUUUGAUGUAUACGGCUCAAAGACGUCGUAUCCUCAAUCUGCAUUUAUGUACGAUUUACAGGGAAAACUACAGCAAAAGACGACACAGGGUUCUAAUGGCCUGCCGUACGAGUUCCGUGCCCUCGAAGCCGUCCUGACGUCUGUGACGUCGGAAAUGGAAGCCGAUUUUGAGGCGGUGCGCGAACCAGUUAUGCGCAUCUUGAGCGAGCUGGAAGACGAUAUCGACCGAGAUAAGCUGCGAAUUCUGCUCAUCCUGUCCAAAAGAGUGAGCACGUUUGAGCAAAAGGCCAAACUUGUUCGAGACGCAAUCGAAGAACUUCUCGAGGCGGACGAUGAUCUGGCCGCCAUGUAUUUGACAGAAAAGACGCACGACCUAUACAGAGGAUUGGACGACCACACCGAAGUAGAAAUGCUACUAGAGUCGUAUCACAAACUCACCGACGAAAUUGUACAAGAGGCGGGCAACCUGGUGUCUGGAAUCAGGAACACGGAGGAAAUUGUCCGUGCCAUUCUCGACGCCAACCGAAAUGCCCUUAUGCUUUUGGAUCUCAAAUUCAGCGUCGGCACACUUGGACUCGCCAUGGGCACGUUCCUCGCUGGCUUGUACGGCAUGAACUUGGAGAACUUUAUCGAGGACACAAACUGGGGCUUCGGCGCCGUAACGGGCAUAUCUAGCGUCGCCUCCAUCCUCGUCUGCUGGUACGGCCUCAUCAAGCUACGCAAGGUGCAGCGCAUCAAGAUGAUGCGCAACGAGCGGCCACACGUCCCGCGGAGCAACCAGUACCCCUAUCAGUACCAGUACGGCGACGAUAGCGCGCUCGGUCUCCUCGACUCUAGGAACAGAGAGAUGCUGCGUCGUGCGCAUAUGCAAAAGGCUAUGGCAGCGCGGCGGACCUGGCUUACAUUUUGGAAGGCUUAG